CGAUCACGUGGUACAGUAGCUCAACUACAAUCUGCCUUCUCGUAGCUACCACGUCUGGUUUUGCGAUUAAAAAGGAUGGCAGAGCCUGAGCCACCCCUCUCGUGUGACUGCUUUGUGUCCUUGCCCCCUGGCUCACAAGAUGAUCACGUGAUCUUUGGGAAGAACUCAGACCGUCCUAGAGAUGAGGUCCAGGAGGUUCUUUACUACCCRGCAACCAGUCACCCAUCUGGGACCAUGCUGGAGUGCACGUACAUUCAGAUCCCCCAAGCAGAACACACCCAUGCUGUGGUCCUCAGCCGGCCUUCCUGGCUGUGGGGGGCCGAGAUGGGGGCCAACGACAAGGGGGUCUGCAUCGGGAACGAGGCUGUGUGGACCCGCGAAGCUAUCGAUCCAGGGGAAGCCCUGCUAGGAAUGGACCUGGUCCGCUUGGGGCUUGAGCGUGCGGACAGUGCCUGGGGGGCGGUGAGUGUGAUCACUGGUCUGCUGGAGCAGCACGGCCAGGGGGGGCCAUGCAGGGAGGACCCGGCGCCCUUCAGCUACCACAACUCCUUCCUCCUGGUGGACCGCAACGAGGCCUGGGUCCUGGAGAACCGCGGCACCUGGGUGGCACAGAAAGUCACAGAGGGGGUGAAGAACAUCUCCAAUGCGCUGACCAUCGGGACGGAUAUCUCGGCGGAGCACCCAGAGCUGCGGAGUGUGGCCCAGGCCCAGGGUUGGUGGAGCGGCGAGGGAGAGUUCUGCUUCAACGAGGUGUCAAUGUCUGAAAACCCCCCCGCCAGGAUGGAACUGGCCAAGAAGCGCUACAGUGGGGGCACACAGCUCCUCCAACAGCAUGAUGGUUCUGUGACGGCCGAGGUGAUGAUGUCCAUCCUGAGGGACAAGCCCAGUGGGAUCUGCAUGGACUCUGGGGGGUUCCGCACCACUGGCAGCAUGGUGUCCAUCCUGCCCCGCGACCCCAGCCUGCCCUGCAUCCACUUCCUCACUGCCACCCCCGACCCCUCCAGGUCUGUUUUCAAGCCUUUUAUCUUCUCUGAGUCUGUGACCCCAGUGUCGAGGGUGAUCUCCCCACAGUACGGCCCAGACGACCCAGUCAGGAAGCAGCCGCGCUUCCAGAGCCAAGUGGACCGCAGGCACGACCUGUACAAGGCCCAUGAGGGGGCCCUGCAGACUAUGGAGACCAACCCGGACGCAGGGAAUGCUCUGACUGAGACGUUGAGGAUGUUGGAGGGCCAGUGUCUGACGGACAUAUCAGCCCUGCUCAGUGGAGAAUCACCAGCAGAAGAGGAACUGGGGGACCUGUUCUUUGACUGUGUGGACACGGAGCUGAAGUUCUACCAGUGAGGAGCGCCCUCAUGUGGAGAUCGAUAGUGCUUGCAGUUCGGCAGGAGAUGGCCCUGGGACUGUUACGUCCUGUGCUCCUGUUAGAUUGGUUCCCUCCCGUCUCAUGCAUACGAACCCCCUUGAUGCCAUUCCAUCCAUCAUUGACACAGAAUAUAAAUGUCUUAACGUUCCAUGGGAUUGGAGCAUCAUUAUCAUUUGUAUCACUUUCGGGAGCAAUGCUCGCCCCACAUUAGUGAGUAUGUGAUAGACCACUACAGGAGUGUACAGUACCAGUCAAAAGUUUGGACACACCUACUCAUUCAAGUGUUUUUCUUAUUUUACUAUUUUCUACA